CCCAGUACACAUACACAUUUGAGAAUGGAAAUCGAGAGAGAAGACGACAGGUUAGAAAAAGUUGAUACAAAAACACCUAAAACAAAAAAAUCUAAAAGCAAAAGAAAAUUAAGUAACAGUCAUAUCGUGAAGAAAAGAACACCCUUUCAAUAUCCAAAACAGAAGAAUGAAGUUUACGCCAAUAAUAAGACAAAUUUCAAGGCCCAGUUGAAACAAUGUGAAAGAAUCCUAGAUUCUGGUGCCCAAGAAGUUAUUAUACACGGUCUGGGAGCUGCCAUAAAUCGUGCGUGUAGCUUAGCCUUGCAUCUUAAAGAAAUCCAUCACGAAACUUUGGAUCUAGAUACCAAGAUUAGCUCAGUAACAUUAACUGAUGACCUAGAACCAAAAACUGAUGAUGCUAGUUAUGAAAUAAAGGAAAGAAAAAGCUCAGCAAUACGUAUUCGAGUAUUUUUAACUGCAUUCAUAGGAUCUCUCAGAUUUGAUAAUACUCAAAUAAAUAAUUAAGGCUUUUAUGAAAAUUACCAAUAUUAAUAUGAUUUGUUGUAGUCUUAAAUGAAAUAAGUAAAGUUCAUAUUUUCAUCAUGAUUUUUUCAUUAGAUGAACUAGUCCAUUGGCUGGGAUUGACUAUCUUUGAAAUAUGGACAAACUUAUUG